AAGAAUUCGAUGGGGGAUAUUUGUAAAGAAGGCAAGGCCUCCCAGGAUAAGUGUACGGAGACCCAGUGUGAAGAGGAUCGUGAAUGUUUAACAUCGUCCAGUCACCAGGCACGAUGUGUUCCAGUUGUAUCCAAAGGAGGGCACGGAUGCCUGUCGCCUCCUUUUCUAUCACACGCCAAAUCACAAAUCAUAUCAAAGUUCGCUGUAUACACUUGCCACAGUGACUUCAAGUUCGUUGGAGCCAGUCAGAUGAGCACAUGCGACUCUUCAGGAUCUUGGGCUGGUCUUAACGGUUCUUGUGAACGAGUUGCUUUCUACAACGUCAAUAAAUUCCCUUUCCGAUCACAGAUACCUGGAACAGUUAGGGAUGGGUGGAAGGUAGAAUUCCUAGGCAUCCCCAUCAAUAUCUCAAGUAUGCUUGUCAGCCUGAAGUACAGGAAAUUAUACACAGCCCUUCAGAUUGCUGUCCGGUUCGCUACAGACAACCAGGUUGAAUCGAUGUCGGUCAACGCUUCGACUGGAAACCGACUUAAGGAUAAACCUAGAAUAUUACAGCGAGAGUUCCCCUUCAAACUGGGAAAACCAUUCAACUUGACCCUCCAGCUGCAUCAACAUAGAAUUGACGUCUAUGUGGAUCAACAGUUGCUUCUAGCCUGGAUGCACCGUCUGUUCAUUAGUGCGAUUCAUGAGGUUCUAGUGCAGGAUGAAGGCUUUUACCAUUCCAUUAAAUAUUCCAAUAACUACUUUAGACCGUGAAAAAAAUGCGUGCGUAUAAAUUUCGCGUCGUUCGCGUUUAACCUUAUGUCGCGAAAUUAAUACGCACGCACUAUUUUCCAGUUUGAAGUGUGCUUAAAGUGAUGUCUCGAUUUUCUAGUAAACCAUAAAGGAAAACACAAACAAAAUAAUUCACAAAAAGAUUCACUCAACAGGCACAGCCUACUUGAUGGCGACUAAUCGUUAAUUGUUUUAUGUAACUUCAA